CACAGACAGACAGACAGAGACACACACAGACACACAGACACAGCACAGACUGACGGACGGACUGACGGGGGUUCGGGAUUCCCGGGAAGCGGUCGGAGCGAAGAGAUCUCACGUAAGAUAGAGAGACAGAGAGAGGGAGAGAGAGGCACCUGGUGUAAGCCUAGGAAUGAAUGAGGCAAGAACAAACAGCUGACAGUCGCCGCGGCUCGGAUACAGUCGAUAGAGUUGGCCUGAGGUGUUGCGCCGAUGGGGGACACUGGCUCGAGACGCUCCACCCUUGUCUCCAGGCUGCCGAUAUUCAGACGCAGCUCCGCGAAAAGGCAGGGCUCGUUACCUUCUUCCCCGUCCUCCGCCACCAAUGGAGCCCACACCUCGUCCCCCUCCAGCACCAACUCCAGCUCCAGUAGCGCCGGCAAGCGCCGGGGCAUCUUCCGCGCAGCCUCCAUCGGCUUCCACGGCAAGAAGAGCCACGAGCCGAGGGCGGAGGCCAGGAACUCGGCCCCCCACCUCUCGAACGGCCUCCCUCUCCCGGAGCAGCCGCAGCCAGGCGCGGAGAAGAGCGACGAGGGCGUCAAGUCGAAGGCCAGGCAUCCGUUCGGGUUCCCCGGCAGCUCGAGGGGCAAGAAGAUCACCAGGUCGGUGACCGAGGACUUCGUGAAGGGGAAGGACCCGUCCGCCAACAGGAAUGUGUUCAUCAACUGCAUCAGCGCCGGGAGGUCCAGCUUCGAUGAGGCGGACGAUUCGGGCUUCCCUGACGACGACUCCAAGAAGCUCUCCUCCGCCAAGCACUCCGGCCGGAAACUGCUGCCCAAGUCCUUCUCCACGCAUGCCAAGCUCUCCAAGCAGGCCGCCCGGAGCCAGUCGGCCACGGCGGUGGACAGGCCCGUCGUCUCGCCGCGAGCCCAUGAGGCGGAGAGCGAGCCCGGCAUCGAGGCGCGCCCCCCCGCGUCGGAUUCCAUCUCGGAGGCCGACAAGGAGUCCCCGGGUACGCUCGAGUGUCAGCCCGCGAGCCCUGCCCCUAUCCCCGCGGGCCCGUUCCGGCCGGCCGCUGGUUCCGGACCGAGCCCCUCGCCGCGAGUCGAGCGCGCUCCACGGAAUGAGACCGAGGCCGCCGUUGAAACUCCCGACCGUCAUGGGGAGAAGGGAGCCGAGAGCGGACGGGCGCCCCCGCCUGAACCCGGGACGGCAAGUCCGAAUGCAGGCGAGCGGCGGGCAGGUCAGCGUCCGGAAACGAAGGAGGCUAGUUCGGGAGAAGCCCGGCAAAGGCCGCCCGAUCUCGUCGCAGCGAUCUCCCCCGUCGCGCACGGCGUACCUUCGGUGCGGAACGGUCUGGACGUGCUGGAUCUAUCUGCUGCCGAGGCUUAUAAGCUGCCGAUCGCGAAACCCGUCUCAGUCGCUAAACCUCAGGAGCAGAGCCACGGGACCUCGCAGUCGACAGUGACGGUGAACCGAACCUUUAGCCCCCACCACGAAGAGAGAUGGGUAGAAAGGCGCCUGAGGUCCUCAUCUGAGGGAACGUCUGGAAGCAGAAUGAGCCACAGCAUGAGAGACGGGCGAGUGGAAGAACUGAACAGUCUGAGAAAACCGCGAACAGAUUCAUCGUCUUCGAAGAUGAACAGCAUGGACGUGCUGAACAGAUUGGGAUCCUGCGAUUUGGAUGAGGAUGACUUGAUGCUGGACCUGGAGUUCCCGGAUCAGGGUGACAAUGCUGUGAAACGCUUUGUGGGCCGUGAAGACUCAAACCAGUCCAUCAAGUCGUGCAUUGAAAUCCUGCACUCACCGGUUGAGCGGAAGAUGAAAAUCGAAGGACCAAAAGUCCCAGACGCUCCAAAAGAACCCCCGUCCACCCAGUCUUCGAAGGAAGGUGAGGCCCCCGAAAGUAGAGCGCCCCGCAACACUUGUUGGUCCAGCGUUCCGUCUUUAGACUGGUCGCUGCUGAGAGACGAGGAAAAUGGGGCUCUGGAAGCAAUGUCCUUGAGGUUGAUGAUGCAGGAUUGCACAGCAGUCAAGACGAUGCUUCUGAAACUGAAGAGGAUUCUGCAGGAGAGUGCAGAAAUGAGCCCUGCAAGCAGCACUCACUCACUUCCGGUCAGCCCGAUCACCGAGAUGCCAUUCCCUUUCAAGGACCUGAGGGAUGAAAGUUCGCUUCUCAAGCUUCAAUUAAAGGAGAAAGACCAAUUGAUUUCACAGCUUCGAGAAGAGCUGGAACAGAAGCAACAGUCAAAGAAAGCGAUCUCGUCACGAGCGGACAAAUGCACGCAGACAGAAAUCAGCAGUCACGAUGUCUACUGAGAAAGCCAGAGAUCACCUUCAUCUCUAGAGAAAAAAAAUAUAUAUAAUUUAUUAAUGAAAACCCUAUCUCUGAAACGAGAGAUUGAGACAAAGAGAGAGAGAGAGAGAGAGAGAGAACAUGUUUGACACAAAUGCUUUCUAAAACAGUACAAAAACCUAUUUUACAACAUUUCCAUUAACAAGUCUUGGGACUGGAUGGCCUUUGAAGUUUUUUUUUCAAAAAAUCCUAAACAGAUGUUUUUUCCCUACGACAAACACGUUUACGGGACAGUCUUGUUGUUUUUUUAAGAAAGUUUUUACAAAGCACACUGCUGUAAAACAAGAAGAAAAUAUUUCUCUGUACAGUGUAUUUUUAAAUAAAUAUGUACAUCUUGUGUUUUUC